AACGUGACAACUUGUUCUAAGAUUCUAACCUAACUCUGGCAUUCUUAGGCAGCAAAAAGUUGAAAACCAUUGUCUAUUUUUAGUUUCCACGUUUAACAGCAAUAUCCCUCGAUAUCUAAAUGGUUUAAUCCAAUUAGCACGAUUUUACGGUGUGAUUUGCAGCCGUGUGGAAAGUUUUCGGCGGAAAUUGUCGUGUUUCGUUCAACAUUUAUGCCCCUGUUUACUUAGGGGGUAGUUCUGCGGACCUUGGGGCGCAAUGGAUACAACGAAAAAGUUCGUCAAUCCUAGCCCGGAAAUUAAGGCCAAUUUCUGCAACCGACUGUUUUUUUGUUGGGUGCUUCCAUUCUUCAAGACUGGCUACAGUAAGGACUUGGAAGUGAAAGACAUCUACAAUAGUACAAAUCCGGACCUAUCGGGCCCGCUGGGCGAUGCCCUGGAAAAGAAUUGGGAUGAAGAAGUGAGGAAAUGGAAGAACGCCAAGAGCCCCAAAGAUACCAAACCGCGACUGAAGCGAGCUAUCUUUAAAACGUUCGCAAAAUCCUACUUUUUCUAUGGAGCCUUCAUGUUUAUUCAGAGCGUUGUGAUAAGAAUGUUAAUUCCCGUAUUCCUAGCCUACUACAUUAAUUUCUUCGACAACCCGACGGACAGCUUCCAAAAUAUUGAGCGCGGAUGGAUUUUUGGAGGCGCGGUUGUCGGCCUAACAUUCGCCAAGGUUGUUUUAGAGCACUAUUGUAAUAUGGGAGUGCAGAGAAUCGGUAUGAGGGUGCGAGUGGCCGCUUGCUCCCUAAUCUAUCGCAAGUUGCUGAAGCUGAAUCAGGCCUCGUUGGGUAAAACUGCAGCCGGACAACUGGUGAAUCUGCUGUCCAAUGAUGUGAUUCGCUUCGACAUGAUUUCCUGGUUCCUGCACUAUUUCUGGAUCACUCCAGUGCUUUUCAUCAUUUCCUCGUACUUGAUGUAUAAUUAUGUGGGAUUGGCGGCGCUUCCUUCCAUGGGCGCCAUUACGGUGCAAGCUGUUGUGGCCCAAGGUUACCUUUCGAAGCUUCAGGGCAAACUACGAGCCAAAAUCGCCCAAUUGACGGACAACCGGGUAAAAUUGAUGAGCGAAAUCACGUCCGGCAUCCAAGUGAUUAAAAUGUACGCUUGGGAGCGGCCGUUUGAGAAAAUCGUGGAGCUUGCCAGAAAGUUGGAGAUUGAUAUAGUACAAAAAACCUCCUAUAUUAAAGGAUUUUCGUUAGCCCUGAUGUUGUUCACCGAAAGAGCCACGCUUUAUAUAGCGGUAAUCGCUUGGGUUCUAAUGGGGCAGGACAUCAAAGGCGACGUUGUCUUUGCUGUGGCGCAGCUGUUGAACACUGUUCAGUUGUACAUGGCUAUUUUCUUUCCAUUGGCUUUGGCUACGUGGGAGGAAUGCAAAGUCUCCAUGAGGCGAAUCGAGGACUUUCUGGCGCUGGAAGAGAAUGACGACCCGCCAGAGUUAUCAGGCGACGAGAACAACGUCGGCCUAAUAAAGCUGAAUCAGGCCAGCACUAGCUGGAUGCCGAAUCCCAUCGUGGAAACUCUUCUGGGCAUCGAUAUCGAGCUCAAACCAGGAACUUUAUGUUGUGUGGUCGGCCCCGUAGGGGCAGGCAAAAGUUCCCUAUUGCAGGUCAUCCUCAAGGAGUUGCCAUUGAACAGCGGUACCUUGGAAGUAGUCGGCAAUGUGUCGUAUGCGUCUCAAGAACCCUGGCUGUUUGUUUCCAGCGUUAGGCAAAACAUCUUGUUCGGCCGGCCCUUUGAUAAAGAGCGAUACAAAUUCGCUGUUCAAGCCUGUGCAUUAAAGCGCGACUUUGAGCAGUUGCCCAAUGGAGACCGGACGCUUGUAGGUGAAAGGGGGGCCGCAUUGAGCGGCGGGCAAAGAGCUCGAGUGGCGCUAGCGCGGGCCGUUUACCGAGACGCCGAUAUUUACCUACUGGACGACCCUCUAAGUGCUGUGGACGCCCAUGUAGCCAAACAUUUAUUCGAGGGCUGCAUCCAGGGGUAUUUGCGAGGAAAAACGCGGGUUGUAGUCACGCACCAGGUGCAGUUCCUCAAAGGAGCCGACCUGAUCGUUGUGAUGAACAAUGGCAAAAUUGAGCGCAUGGGCACCUACGCAGACCUGCAGGAGGAACUGUCCGCUUUGUCCAAGGAGAUUCAGAUGCAGCAGCAAGUCCACGCGGCCGUAGGCCAGAAGGACCGGGAGCAGACGCCCAAAGUGGAAGACCGGGAUCGGGGACUGUCGUUGGCGCUGCAGUCCAUCGCUUCUCUAGCUAGCUGGGAUGAGCCUGAAGAGACUGACGAACUUCUAGAGCGCGGCGCCUUGAAAACCUCCACCUAUGUGGAGUACUACAACUCAGGCUCUUCGUGUUGUUUGCUUAUACUGCUGCUUGUUCUGUUCGUAAUCGCUCAGGUUGCUUGCAAUGGGGCCGACAUGUGGCUGACCUUCUGGACCAAUCAGGAGGAUUUGAAGACUGCAUCUCAAGCAAAUCGCACUGAAGCAACGGCGUUUGAUGAUAGCAGCAACUUUACCACCAUGUCCCCAGCUUACGACAAUUCAGGGAAUUCCAGCAGCGUGAAUACUGACUACAUCUACAUUUACACCGGCUUGAUUGUGUCCUCUAUUGUCCUGACAACAGCCAGAUCCACGCUCUUCAUGAACGUGUGCAUGAGCGCCUCAAAGGCGCUGCACAACAAGAUGUUCAACUGCAUCCUCAAGGCGCCAAUGAAGUUCUUCGACACCAAUCCAUGCGGGAGAAUUUUGAACAGGUUUUCCAAGGAUAUGGGCGCAGUCGACGAAGCUCUUCCUAAAGUAGUGCUGGAAACACUGCAGAUCUUCCUAAUCAUGCUGGGCAUCUUGGGAAUGGUUUUCAUCAAAAGCCCCUGGAUGAUCAUUCCGGCGGUGGUUUUGGGCUCGAUUUUCUGGUACGCGCGCGUGGUCUACCUGAAGUCCGGACAGGACAUUAAGCGAUUGGAGGGCGCUACCAGGGCGCCGGUCUUUUCCCAUGUUUCGGCCAGCUUGUACGGCCUGCCCACCAUCAGGGCGUUCAAGGCGCAGAGCCUCAUCAUUGAAGAGUUCGACGCUUUACAGGACCAACACACUGGCACCUGGUUCCUAUUCGGGGCAACCAGCGAGUCUUUGGGCUUCUACUUGGACGUAAUCAGCACGAUCUUCCUGGCCUUCACCACCUUCCAGUUUCUGGUCUUCGGCGACGAGAACACCAAAGCCGGAGACGUCGGGCUGGUGAUUUCACAAACCCUCGCCCUAACAGGGAUGCUCCAGUAUGGAGUGCGACAAUCGGCAGAAGUGUCUUCCACCAUGACCAGCGUGGAGCGCGUGCUUCAAUACACCAAGCUGGACGAAGAAGGCCCCUGGGAGGCGCUGCCGGGCGAUCGGCCCCCUUUGGACUGGCCCCAAAAGGGGCGCGUCAGCUUCAGCCAUGCCUUUCUGCGCUACUCCAGCGACAGUCCGCCUUCGAUUCGCGACUUGAAUGUCGAAUUCCGGCCGGGGGAGAAGAUUGGGGUGGUGGGCCGAACUGGCGCCGGAAAAUCCUCCCUGGUGGCCACCCUGUUCCGUCUAGCCCAAGUGGACGGCGUUGUUGCAAUAGAUGCGAUUGAUACCGGGAAAGUCGGGCUGCGAUUGCUCAGAUCGGCCAUUUCUAUUAUUCCGCAAGUGCCUAUUCUCUUCUCUGCUACGCUAAGAUACAACCUGGAUCCCUUUGAGAAGUGCUCAGACGAAGAGCUAUGGAAGGCGCUGGAUCGCGUGGAACUGAGGCAGGCGGGAGUGUCGCUGGACACCCCAGUGAGUGAAGGUGGAGGGAAUUUCAGCGCUGGACAGCGACAGCUCAUUUGCCUGGCCAGGGCGAUAGUGCGCAAAAACAAGGUGCUGGUAAUGGACGAAGCCACAGCUAACGUGGAUCGGCACACGGAUUUCCUCAUCCAGAAAACGAUCAGGGAGGCUUUCAGCGAUUGCACAGUUAUUACGAUAGCGCACCGACUGAACACUAUAAUGGACUACGAUAAAGCGCUGGUAAUGGAGGCGGGAAGAGCUGUGGAAUUUGCCCCGCCGCACGAACUGCUUGAGAACCCCGCCAGUUAUUUCAGCAGAAUGGUGGCGCAAACUGGCCGCUCUAUGGAAGAGAAGCUGAAAGAAGUUGCCGAAGAAGCAUACGAAAAGAACAAGGACAGAUUUCCCGUGAACAAGAUCGAGCAGAACGGGGCCCCGGUUGAUAAAAAGGAUCAGUAACCGAAUGUGAUGUAGCAAGUUAUAACCGACCAAACCUUAAAUGACUGUGGAAUAUUCUUGGCACACGAGUUGCGUGCUCGGUUCAUACAACUACUGUAUAUAAGUAUUUUUUUAAAUGUACGUCUAUGGCCAUGUCCAGUGUCAUAUUGUAUGUAGUAAGUUGUUCAAGCACAAACCAAAAAAAACCCGAAGUCUAUUUUCGCUGUAUACAAAUACAAGUCGCCUAUACCAAAGACCUUUUGGUCAGUACUUAAAAUCGGUGUUUAGUAUUUUAGUUCGCCAUUGUAUUAUUCGUAUAUUCGAUGCGUUUUACGCCGCAAACAGUAAUGUUCUUAUUAUUCACUCGAAAUAUCCAGCCUGGUUUCGCUGCAUUCACCGGCGAUGUUUUGUAUUUUUAGUUCGUUAUUUAUUCGGUCAUGCACCCAUAAUCCAUUUAUAUUUAAGGGUAGUUUCGUGUAAGUAACAAAUAAUCUAGAUAGGAAAUAAAGUUAUAUUUUCAAGUG